UUCGCGGCGGUACUUCUGCUCGGAGGGUCGUUGUUGGUGUUUGGCAGCAUUUACUGCAUACUAAGUGAACAUAUUUUAUUGUUCCCGUUCCCGUUUCGUGGUCGAUUAUUUUCCUUUUUCCCGUUCUGUUGGUUUCUUCCGUUGAACACCCAGUUCCUGUUCCAAAAUGUCGGAACCGAUUCGCGUGGUAGUGACGGGAGCAGCCGGACAGAUUGCCUACUCGCUGCUGUACAUGGUGGCGAAGGGCGAUGUGUUCGGUCCGAGUCAGCCACUGAUCCUGCAUUUACUGGACAUUCCACCGAUGAUGGGCGUGCUGGAAGGGGUGGUAAUGGAGCUGGCCGACUGUGCCCUGCCACUGCUGGUCGACGUUGUGCCGACCGCCGACCCUGCCGUCGCCUUUAAGGACGUCGAUGCCGCGUUCCUCGUUGGUGCAAUGCCCCGCAAGCAGGGCAUGGAGCGUAAGGACUUGCUGUCGGCGAACGUUAAAAUUUUCAAAGUCCAAGGCGAAGCGUUGGAUAAGCACGCCAAGAAGGAUGUUAAAGUGCUGGUCGUUGGUAAUCCGGCCAACACGAACGCGCUGGUUUGCUCGCACUACGCACCGUCGAUUCCGAAGGCCAACUUUACCGCGAUGACGCGGCUGGACCAGAACCGUGCCCAGGCCCAGAUUGCGGCACGGCUCGGCGUGGGAAUCGCAAAGGUGAAGAACAUCAUCAUCUGGGGCAAUCAUUCGGCAACGCAAGUGCCGGACGCGCGAAAUGCAUCGGUCGAGGUGGGCGGCGUAACGAAGAGUGUUCCGGAGGCCAUCGCCAACGACGAGUUUCUGAAGCAGGAGUUCCUCGAAACGGUGCAGAAGCGAGGGGCGGCCGUUAUCGCCGCCCGUAAGAUGUCGUCGGCCAUGUCGGCGGCCAAGGCAGCCAGCGACCAUAUGCGCGACUGGUUCGCGGGGACGCGCGACGGCGAGUACGUCUCGAUGGGCGUCAUCUCCGACGGUAGCUACGGUGCGCCGAAGGAUAUCGUGUUCUCGUUCCCGGUGCAAAUCCAGAACCGCCAGUGGAAGAUCGUGCAGGGCUUGUCGGUGGACGAGUUUUCGCGCGGUAAACUCGACAUCACGGCCAAGGAGCUGCUGGAAGAGAAGGAGGAAGCGAUGGCCGUCUGUUCGGCCGAUUGACUAGUUAAACUGUAGAACAGAAUUUUGUAGGAAAACUCCGCAGAAAAAAACGAAGCCUAAAAGAAGAUUGAAAAACAGAGCCAUCGGAUGCGCUUCGUUUUGCUUUUUUGUUUUUCUGUUGCAUUUGUAAGCGCUCUGACGUGCGUGUAUCGCUUGUACCGCUUUGAGUGAAUAGGUUUUCUCAAAAAUUUUGUUUUACAGUAGAUCCGAUUUCGACGAGCCUAUGCGUAGUGCCUCCCAAGAACCUUACCGGCAAAGUGCACAGCACUGUUAUAUAUAUAUACAUACAAACGAAAAACACUAUACUAGCGCGUGUCUAUUCUGUGUGAGCGGCACAAACCAAUUAGACCAAUUGUUAAAAAGUAGAACCAGGGGAAAGAUAUUGGAAAUGGAAGCUACAAUAAAAAAAAUUGUUGAAGAAUAAAGAAUUG